AGUCUCCACUCACUCUGUGCUCAGACGCGGCAAAGAUCUGUGUGGCGCUCACCGCUCCUCUCUCGUCUGAUCCGCCUGUGUGUACUGUUAGCAGCUUCCACACACCACACACCUUGGUGGUGCUCCUGACUGUACGCACGCUCUCUACUGCUGGUCCCCUGACGCUCCUUCUGCUAUUGCCUUUGCUACUACUGCUACUGCUGCGGCUGUUACACGUGUGCCGUCACAACUUCCACACGCCGCUAAGGAAAGACAGCCAUCAUGUUACACGAGGUACCCUCCUUCAACACCGCGGACUACCUGGUGUUCACGGCCUCCCUUGUUAUCUCUCUGGGUAUUGGCUUCUACCACUGGUACAGGAGCCGCGGCAGGGACACCAAGGACUUCCUGAUGGGGGGAGGCCACAUGUCACCAAUACCUGUAUCUUUCUCCUUCGCGGCAGGUGUCAUCUCCGCCGUCUCAAUACUAGGUAACUCCGCCGAGAUGUACUACUACGGCUCCCAGCUUUGGAUGAACGUGAUCGGCGUGAUGAUUGGCACAGCGUUCAUCAUGGCGGUGGUUAUGCCUGUCAUCUACCCGCUCAAGCUCAUCACUAUAUAUGGCUACCUGGAAUAUCGCUGGGGGAACAGUCUGGUGCGGAAGCUUGCCUCUGUACUGCAGCUGAUUAACCUUACCACCUACAUGGGCAUCGCACUGUACGCCCCGUCCCUUGCCAUCUCCUCCGUCACCCCAAUCUCCACAAACACCUCAGUGGUCGUGCUGGGAAUUGUAUGCGCUGUGUACGCCUCCAUGGGCGGAGCAAAGGCAGUGGUGUACACGGACAACUUCCAGUCGGCCGUGAUGUUGGCGGGCGUCAUCAUCGUCAUCGUGCAAGGGUGCGCCGAGGUUGGGGGCGGGACUGCCUCCUGGGCCAUUGAUGCGCAGCAUAACAGACUGGACUUCUUCAACUGGAGCACGGACCCGUUGGAGCGUCACACGCUUAUGAACGUCCUCAUCUUCGGUGUCUACUUCACUUUCUCCACCACCGGCUUUUCCCAGGCACAGUACAUGCGAUGGGCCUCCGUGAACACCCUCCAGCAGUCCUACCUCGUGAUGGUGGUGGGAUCAAUUGGUCUGGUUGGGUUGUGGUCACUCAUCAACUACUCCGGCCUGGUAGUGUACUCCGUUUACGCUGACUGUGACCCGCUUAGUGCCAACUACAUCGAGAAAAUUGACCAGAUUCUCAUGUACUUCGUGGCGGACAAGCUUGGUUACCUGCCUGGCAUCCCCGGUCUGUUCGUGGCGGCCAUCUACAGCGGCGUCAUGAGCUCCGUAUCGUCGACCCUGAACGCGCUGUCAGCCAUGGUGUGGAAGGACCUGCUGGAGCCACUCAGUAUGUUCGCUAAGGUGUCCGAGGAGAAGGCCAAGAACAUCAACAUUUUCAUUUCGGCGGUGUCUGGCGUUGUGGCCGUGGGCGUGGGCGUACUGGCUGGCUCCAUGGGAGGGCUCGUGCAGGUCACCUAUGCCCUUGGUGGCGCCCUUGCUGGCCCUAUCUGUGGCAUCUUCCUCUCUGGUAUCCUUUGCCCCUGGGUGAAGCAGACGAGUGUGUGUCUGGCCAGUCUCUUAGCCCUUGCCUUCAACAUGUGGGUGGUGAUGGGCAGCUUCCUCUAUGCUCCGGGUCCCACCAAGCUGCCCCUCUCCGUGGAAGGCUGCUACAACAACUUCACCACCAUCGCCUCCACCACCACAGACAUCACCACCACCACCUUUGUCUCCUCCACCACCCACUUUCCUGAGGAUGACGAGGUGUUCCCGCUAUACAAACUCUCCUAUUGCCUGUACGGAGCGAUAGGCACCCUCACCACUGUCGUCCUGUCCACCUUGUUCUCCUGCAUUUUUGGGUUCGAGUCCCCCGCCAACGUGCCAGUGUCCUCUGUCAACAGGACUUGCCUCAGGUUCUACUGCUGGGUCAGGCGGGAGGAGAUGCCCACCUACAAGCCCCGAGCUGCGCCCCACUACCAGACACAACCGGACGAUGUCAACUCCAUCAUCGUCACCGACAUGACCAAGAUCGACUCAGGAAAGCACCAAAUUGAAUCCGGAAUCAUGAAGAAGCCACAGAGUCCGAGUUCAGACACGCCAGGCUGUGACAACCCGCAGCCAGUUGGGGACUUCUUGUGAGGAGACACCGCCGCUCCCUCGUGGUGAUGUGAGGAGACUUAAUGGGAGCGGGGCACAUAUACUUGUAUAUAUAGAGAGAGGAAGUGCUUUGUGUGUGUGUGUGUGUGUGUGUGUGUGUGUGUGUGAGAGAGAGAGAGAGAGAGAGAGAGAGAGUGUAUUCCGACCAUAAUUUUGGUCAGGCAUCUCAGUCGACCAGUAUAAACUCUUGCUCAACAAAGUGCAAAUAAUUUCCUCAUGCAAUGUUGUGUUGAUCCUGUUUCAGUGUUUUUGAUAACUGUUUUUUCGUCAUUUUGAUACAGAUUAUAUUAGAUAAAAAGUUAACUCACUCACAAAUUACUUCUAGGUACGAAAGCUCGGCUGUGAAGGGAGAGGGAAGUCAUUGUUGGUUUCGUCUUGAAAUACACAAGCUGUAGCACAAAUACACACUAUUUAUACUGUUGUUUGUAUGACAUAUUGUAUAAGUUAAGAGUAAGAAGUAUCGUUAUAUAUGAUGCUAUAGAGAAAUACAUUUUUUAUUCAAAUCGGUACAA